AGACUUAUAUCUUUAACAGAAAAGUUUUGGUUUUUUAUCAGAUGCUGCUCAUGGAGGAGCUGGUGGUUAUGGUCAAUCCUCAAGUGGAUAUGGAUAUGAUUCUUCAUCAAGUGGAUUCGGUGCUGGUGGUGGUGGUGGUGGUGGUGGUGCUGGAUACGAGAGUUACCAAGGUGGUUUCUCCGGCGCUGGAGCUGGUUACGCAGGACAAUCGAGCUACGAAAGCGGUUCCUACUCAUCGGGAGGUUAUGGAGGUGAAGCCGAUUUAUCUGGAGGCUACGCUGGAUCCGGCUACGGAUCCGGAGCAGCUGGAUUUUCUGGUAAGCAAUUUGUCUGUGAAUAA